AUGAAGAUCCGCUCCUCUCGCAUCUCCGUCUCAAUAGCAAACGCCAUAUGUCGCCGCCACGGCUCCUCAAAGAAAGGUCUCAUCAAAUCCAUAAUCGCCUUCUUCCGUCUCUUCAGACUUCUCCUCUCCCGGUACCGCUCUGUUGACUUUCUCGCGCUGCGGAAAGAAGUAUGGCAGAUCGACGAGGACGAGUAUGCGCAAUCUUUCGAGACCGACACCAAAGAAUCGCUCGUGCCAGUUGGAGAUUUGGGGUAUAGCGGUUCUACUUUCUUUACUACCGCGAAUGAGAAGUUUCUCAUCAAAUCACUGCCUAGACGCUUUGAGCAUGAUUUCUUCGUCAAGGAGUUGUUGGAUCCGUAUGUGGGACACAUGAAGCAUCAGCCACAUAGUUUGCUUGUCAGGAUUAUGGAUCUUGUGUAUGCGCCGCAUAAGAGUCUGGGAGGCAUGUUGGGUGCCGCGCCUACGCAUCAUAUUGUCAUGGAGAAUUUACUCUAUGGGAAGCCAAAUGGUGAAGAGGGUAAGACGUGGGAGACGUAUGAUCUCAAGCCAAACGAUUACUUCUUCCCCGAGCGAGACAUCGCAGACGGCGCUCUCGUACCGGAUAGUGUAAUCGAGCGUCUAGUCGAUGAAUUCCCCGACAAAGUCCGUGUAACUCGCCAAGCAAAAGAAGAGCUCAUUUCCCUCCUCUUCGCCGACAGCGCACUCCUGGCCGCGCACAACGCAGUCGACUACUCACUCUUCCUCGUGCGCUAUCCUGCCGGAAGCACGCCCGCAACUGUUGAAUCCGACGCAGGAAACUGGCGAAGUGGUGUCAAUGAUGUGGAAGGAAAAUGGACGUACCGGUGUAUUGUGCUGGACUUUUUCUGGGCGAAGCAUACGUUUCAUGCGAGGGCUAUGACGACGGUUGUUAAGCUGUUUAACAAGGUUGCUCAUAAGGGGCCUAUGAGUAUUACUGCGGAUCCGGCGGAGUAUAGGGAGAGGUUUAUGAAGAUGGUGGAUGAGAUGGUUGUUGUGGGGUGA